UGGAACGGAAGUUCCGCAGCACCAAAAGGAAGAAUAGUAACCAUUCGCUGUGGGAACCCAAGAGGACUCAGGGAUGGAGCUCCUCUCCACGCGGCGGAAUGCACUCCCGUCUAUCCGAAUUCCCAGUUCAAUAUUGGCGGCAUAGCAGUGCAUAAACGACAAUUUGCAGAAGCCACAAGCGAGCCAGGUUCCAUCUUCAUUUCGGCAAAGUUCGAUGGCAUUCUUGGAAUGGGAUAUUCCACGAUCUCUGUGAACAAGGUCCCAACGGCGUUUGAGAACAUGGUUCGCCAGCACCUUCUUGAUAAGCCUGUAUUCUCCUUUUACCUCAAUCGGUACGUUCUGGAUCACGUGGCGUUUGAGACACCCUGCAUCAACUCACGUGAAUUCCGUGUGAGGCCAGGGAGCCUCGUUGAAGACGGAGAAGAUUUCGUCAAUCGAGCCCGCUUCCGAACAGUCGACUGUCCCAGCGUUGAGGCUUUCAUCAUGGAUGCAGGUGCAGGGAAGGAUGUCACUGGGCUCGGGACAAGGAUUCUGCCCGCUGAUCCCCGAGAAGGAGGCGAGAAGGAAGACGAACAGGGAAAGGAGGCCGAGGCACUUGGGCAUCUUCGAGGCGAGCGAAUUCUAUUAUUUCUCCUUGUGGAUGGGAAAAUCUGCACA